AUGGUAGAUAAUAAUAUUUAUAAUGUAGAAUUUGUUGAUAGUAUCCAACAAAAGCGAACGAUUGGCGGUACGCCUAACUACUGCAUUCCUUUAAUUAACGCCAUAACAGUCCAGGGUAUCUCAUACAGUGACCCGUAUUUCAGUAGCUUUAACUUAAACUAUAAGAUGGCGGCACGAGCGCCAGAGUAUAUGAACAAGUCUGAUUACGCUUUUAAAUCCUCAGUUUGUAUUAUACGAGACGAACAUUGCAUAAAUAAGACACAAAUACUAAAGUCUGCUCUUAAUGAUAUAUGCGAAACUCGAAUGUUCACUUACGACAAGUCUGUAGACGAUCGCCAUGACAAUAAAGUAAUGAGCGCUGGUCAGAGUCAGCCAUUGAAGACGUUCGAAAAUGGUGAUCUCACGUUGGACGCUAUGCUGGCCCUGGUCGCCAAUGAACAAAGAAUCUUGAACGAUAUUAAGAAGAGUGAAGAAGUGGACAGUUGGGGCACGCCUCGUCGCCUGCGACUCUGUGGUGGCGGUGAAAGCUCUCUCAAUGCAGCCUCGGGCUGGGGAAGCCCACCUGCCUCAAAUAAUGCUGGUAAUUGGAGUGGUAAUUCCAGUGGCCAAACUAAUAACGGGACAAAUAAUACUCAACAGUGGAACAACUCACAACGUCCACCCACAUCUCAAGCUGACAUGAACAGCAAUAAGGGCAAUGGCAAUCAAAUACCGCCGACCAGCGCGGCUUCGCAAAAUUGGCAGAGCUCCCCUCCAAACAUGCCAAAUUCCCAAUCCAACAAUAACGGUGCGCCUUCAAGCAACGGUACAAAUGGCAACGGCAACGGGAAUAAUUUGCCAACUGCUAACGGCAGUACAAACGGACCUACAUCCAAUGGCAAUAAUGGGAAUUCAACAAACAACACAUCCUCCGCUAAAAUAGAGCAUCUCAACACCAUGAGGGAGGCGCUCUUUAGCCAAGAUGGGUGGGGCGGCCAACAUGUGAACCAAGACACAAACUGGGAAGUACCUGGUACUCCAGAACCUGGUUCUAAAGUAGACUCAUCAGCCGGAGGACCACCAGCCUGGAAGCCAAAUAUUAACAAUGGUGCUUUUCUUGGAACUGACCUUUGGGAGGCUAACUUGAGAAACGGUGGUCAACCCCCACCACAACCGGCGUCUAAGACUCCUUGGGGUCACACGCCCACGACCAACAUUGGCGGCACAUGGGGUGAAGACGAUGAUGCCGCAGAUUCUGCUAAUGUUUGGACAGGGCCGCCGCAACAACAGCAGUGGCCUGGGGGCCCGCCCGCCCACUCGCAACAAUGGGUACCAAAGAAAGAUGACUGGAACGCCUGGGGUGAACCCCACCGCCCGGCCGAUCCCAGACUUGACCCUCACCGCACCCCAGAUCCUCGACAGCAACCACCCGAACUACGCGGGGGAAUUUCAGGUCGUCUUAAUGGCGACAUGUGGAGCCAACAUCACCAGCACACUGCUGCCGCUCCCAAUAAGAUGAUGCCUACUGGUGCUGUCAAUCAGUGGGGUGCCCAGGGGCCAAAGGAUGGCAUAAAAGUGUCUGGUUGGGAAGAGCCAUCUCCGCCGGCUGCGCGUCGUGCAGCGGGCGCCUUCGACGACGGCACGUCCCUUUGGGCUCAACGUGCCGGCAUGGGCGGUGGCAUGGCUAGGGGUGCCCCUCAGGGCCCGCCUGCCCCACAACGGAUCCCACCGACCCCUUCCAAACCGGAAGGUGUGUGGGGAGCUCACUCCCAACGCAAUGGGUCUUGGGAAGAGCCCCACGCAGGAUGGCCGGACCGCGACGUCCCGGCCUGGACAGACACGUCCGGACCCGGGCUAUGGCCCGUACCUAAACCGAAACCUGCCGGCCCAACUGGAGCCUGGCCCGAUGAUAUCGCUGAAUGGGGUGGCCCCAAACCUCCGCAAGGUGGCUCUAUAGGCAAACAACUUACUAAAGAGAUGGUCUGGAACAGUAAGCAGUUCAGAAUUCUAUUGGAGAUGGGCUACAAAAAGGAGGAGGCCGAAGCGGCACUGCGAAGCCGCGACAUGAAUGUUGAGGAGGCUGCAGAAAUGUUAGCAGCUGCCCGCGGUGACAGCUGGCGAAGGGAUGACCACUUUCAUCACGGUCCGUUCCAGCAGCAGCCCUCCGUGCCAUCUGUUUCACCUGCUGUUGUCCAGAAACUGCUGAAUCAGCCACCACCACAUGCUGUCCAGCAUCAUCCAUCGUUCAAUCACAACAGUGGUUCCGGCAACAGUGGCCAGCCCAGCACUGCUCAGCUACGUAUGCUUGUUCAGCAAAUCCAAAUGGCAGUGUCCGCUGGAUAUCUUAAUCAUCAGAUCUUGAACCAGCCACUGGCGCCUCAAACUCUGGUUCUACUCAAUCAACUGUUGCAACAGAUCAAAGUGCUACAGCAGCUUGUGCAGCAACACACUUUGGCCAUUUCCAAAGGCAACUCCUCUCUGGCCUUGCAAUACUCAAUGCAGAUCUCAAAGAUUAAGCAACAGAUUACAGCUUUACAAAACCAAAUAGCUAACCAACAAGCUCUAUAUAUGAAGCAACAAGCUGGUGGAGCCGAUCUCUUUAAGCAGAGCCACGAUCCAUUGACACAACUCGGCAAUAACUUUGGUGAGAUGUCCAUUGGAAAGGAGUCCCAAGGGGCAUACGGCGCUACUAACCAACAGUCUCGCCUCAACCAGUGGAAGCUGCCCUCUUUAGAUAAGGAGACAGAAGGAACUGAGUUCAGCCGUGCGCCUGGCACAGCCAAGAGUGCAACCAGCCCACAACUCAACCAGAUUGGUCUGCAACCUGACUCGACUUGGGGAGUAGGGCGUGGCGCCGAAUGGGGCGAAGGCGCCGACGUAGCGGAUGGCAAAGACUGGCCAGCGCACACUCACCCACCCGUAUAUGAUCUCGUGCCCGAGUUUGAGCCGGGCAAACCGUGGAAGGGUAAUCAAUUGAAAACUGUGGAAGACGAUCCAGCGAUGACGCCUGGCUCAGUGGUGCGUUCACCACUAUCCCUUACUGCUAUUAAGGACACAGACAUGCUCGGAGGCAAGUCUUCGCCCCCAGGCGGCGAACGCAGCCUUUCGUCCUCCACUUGGAGCUACCCCUCUGUCACCAGCGCCGGUGGCCUGAAGACAGAUGCUUGGGGAGCUAAGGGCAGAGUUGCCCCCCCGGGAUUGAACAAGUGGCCCCAGCACCACGCUAACAAUGCUCGCAGUGCUGUGCCAUCGUGGCAAUCGUCGACUUGGCUGUUGCUGAAGAAUCUUACUGCCCAAAUCGACGGGUCCACUUUGAAGACCCUUUGCGUACAGCAUGGCCCACUCCAGAACUUCCACCUGUACCUGAACCAGGGUCUCGCACUCGCCCGUUACUCCACACGCGAGGAGGCAGCUAAGGCUCAAAUGGCCCUAAAUAACUGCGUGUUGAGCAACACUACGAUAUUCGCGGAGUCCCCAGUGGAGUCUGACGUCCAGCUGCUACUGCAGCAUCUGGGCUCGAGUGGUGGCGGCGCCUGGAGGGGCGGUGGAGGCUCCAAGCAGGACAGUUGGGGCGGAUUCCCCGGGCUCUGGCCUGACCAGCACGAGGCUCGCGCCACGCCCUCCGCUCUUAACUCGUUCCUACCGCCUGAUCUGCUCGGCGGAGAAUCCAUCUAA